GGUCAUGGUCUGUUUCAGGGAUCUUCACCAACAGCCAAUGAUUUUAAUAAUGAUCGAUUGCAGGAGAUGUAUAUGAAUUUGGUCCAGCAACAGGUGCAAGCGCAGCAGGCAUUGCUGAAUCAGCAACACCAACAAAGCCUAAACUUGCAACUGGGAAGUACUCCUCCCAUUGAUUUGGGGGACAUAAACAUGACUUUGAACGGCCAAAUGGGCAUGUCAGACGUCUCACAAGGUCAGAAUGCUCAGCUUAACGCGUUCGGCAACCCGCAAAUGCAUGGGCAGGGAUUGGGAGAUGGCAGCGAGCAAGCGCAGACACAAGCACAGGCUCAAGUACAGCAGCAGCAACAGCAACGGCAACAGCAACAGCAACAGCAACAACAACAGCAACAGCAACAGCAACAGCAACAGCAAAUGGAACAUAUGCAGCAAAUGCAGCAUAUGCAACAGCAACAGCAGCAGCAACAACAGCAACAGCAACAGCAUCAGCAUCAACAACAACAACAACAACAACAACAACAACAACAAGCCCAAGAGGCUCAGCAGCAACAACACCAGCAUCAGCAAAUGCACAGGAGUGACAGCACCAGCAGUGCGAUUCAUAUGCUCACCAGCGACCAAGCACAUAACACGCCAAGACCCAUAUCGCCCAAUGAGAUGCGAGCACAGACACAGCAACAUGGACAGGUUACAUUCGGGAUGGGGAGCAUGGAUAAUAUCAGCCAAAGCAUGUCUUCACCGAGGAAAUCAAGCGUUGGUACACAAUCGUUGCACUCACAGGGACAUUCACAGUUGCAGCCCCAGAGACAGAAUAGCACGGCUAGUGUGACUACUGUGCCCACACAGGCACAAACGCAGCAGCAACAGCAACAGCAGCAACACCAGCAACAGCAACACCAGCAACAGCAACAGCAACAGCAACAGCAACAGCAACAGCAGGCCCUACAACAAGCACAAGCUCAGGCUCAGGCCCAGGCACAAGCACAAGUACAGGCACAGGCACAGAUGAUGGGGAUCCCAAUGCCACCAGGAGGCAUGCCUGGUAUUGCCGGUCAACCCAAUCAGCUGCAGAUGCACGAGUUUAUGCGCAUGUAUCAGCACUUGCUGGCCAAUCCCGCGGUGAUGACUGCUAUGGCGGCUGUGUAUGGAGCUAUGAACCAAACCCCCGGUGCUGUGGGUAUACCGCCUGGAUCAAUGCCUACAAUCCCGGGUGCACUUCCAGGUGCGUUGCCCGGGUUACCAGCAGGCUUUCACAUGCCGGGAGGCUUACCGUCAAUGCCAGGGAUGAACGGACUGCCUAGUAUGGGAUUCAUGGCGCCAAAUGCCAUGUCCACGCAGCCGAAUCUACCUACCGGACAAGGCCAGAGCCAUUCCACACUCACGCGUAUCAAUAGUGCGCCUCAGAACUUGGUAGGAGCCGAUGAAGCCACACAGGGCACAGAUGCACAACUCAACGCACAGACACACGCACAAGCACAAGCACAGAGCGGGGCACACUUACAGCCCCAUCCGAGUGGAGGAUUGGGAGCUCAACAAACGCAGCAGCAACAAGCCCAGGCCCAGGCCCAGGCACAAGCACAAGCACAGGCCCAGGCUCAGGCACAGGUACAGGCACAGGCGCAGUUGCAACUACAGCAGCAGCAACAGCUCCAUCACCACCAGCAACAGCAACAGCAACAGCAACAGCAACAGCAACAGCAACAGCAACAGCAACAGCAACAGCAACAGCAACAGCAACAGCAACAGCAGCAUCAACAGCAACAGCAACAACAGCAGCAGCACAUGCAUCAACACGGGCCAAAGCCCAUACAGCCUGCACCGCCGGGCCUGACGCACAGCGGGAGUGGGACCAGUCGCAAUCCAGCUGCGGACGAUGGUACUACGGCCAAGGGAGCCUCAGGCGCAGGCAACGGCACAGGCGCAGGGGAAAAUGCCACAGCCACGGCGGGUGGGGGGCUAGCUGGUAAUAGUAGCAACGGCAGCAAUGGCACCGCAAAUAGUGUCACUAUGAACAUGCAGACGCCGGGGGUGGCCGGGGGGGGUAUGAGCUCCAGUCUGCCUACUGCGGGUAUGCACACCCCCGCGCACGCGCAGACGCACGUGCAGGUCCAUAAUCCACACAUGCAGACCCAUGGACACUCACAGUCACACCCCCACUUACACGGUAUCAUGCCCAUCGCACGCGUGCGUACCAUCAGCUCGUCGAGCGUCAACACAGUCAUGGGUCCGCCCGCUCCCGUGCUAAGGCCGGCGGAGCAGCCGGUUGCCAUGGCCACGGAGGGAGUGGGCAGUGAGAUGGUGCGGUCGAGUAGUGCCGGCAGUUUGACGGGCGACGGGAAGAAGCCCAAGAGCACUAUCACACAGCGCUUCGAGCACUUGCAGGCGUCUCUGCCGUCGAUGAGGAGGCGAGGGCUGACCAACAAGCUCAGCAAGUCGGCUGUGUUGUUUCAGGCUGUGGAUCACAUUAGCAAGUUAGAACGCACGGCCGAUGCGAUGACCAAACGAAGUCAUGAUGCUGCGCCAGGAGGCUACGGCACUCUCCAUGCUCAAUAUGAAGUACCAGCAGGU